AACUGAAGUACACUACUUAUCCGAUUAAUCCAUUUACAAUUGUGUGUUUAAUGAACUUCCUCUUUACAAAAAAAAAAAAAAAAGUCUAACCCAUCUCAUUAAGAGGAGUCUCUACUCUCUACUCUCUACUCUCCGAUAUUUCCCUUUCUUCAAAGUUUUAUCUUCUCUUUUGUGCUAUAAAUAGCUUUCCCACCCUCAACUCUAACAGAAAAAGAACAAACCCCAUAGCUGUUCCUGUAAGGGUUCUAAUCUUAUAACGACCCCACCGUCUACUGAAAACCCCUUCAAUUCCUUGCGAUUCUUCGGAGAGAAAGAAAAGAAAUGGCAUCGGCAGAGAUGAUCACUGUUAGAGGCCAAGGUGGUGGUUUUCUGCUACAUUUGAUCCGGGGCCGAUGGUUCAUGGUGUUCGCCUCCUUCUGGAUCAUGGCCGGUGCUGGAGCUACUUACCUCUUCGGUAUCUACUCCAAAGAUAUUAAAGCAUCUCUUGGGUACGACCAGUCCACCCUUAAUUUGCUGGGCUUCUGCAAGGACCUUGGCGCUAAUGUUGGCGUCCUCUCUGGCUUGAUUGCGGAGGUGACGCCCACAUGGUUCGUGCUAUUAGUCGGUUCAGCCAUGAAUUUUGCUGGCUACUUCAUGAUAUGGCUCGCUGUCACCGGCAGGAUCGCCAAGCCGCAAGUGUGGCAGAUGUGCCUGUACAUCUGCAUCGGUGCCAAUUCACAGAAUUUCGCAAACACUGGUUCGCUUGUUACCUGUGUCAAGAACUUCCCUGAGAGCCGAGGCAUCAUGUUAGGUCUGAUGAAGGGGUUCGUCGGCCUCAGCGGAGCCGUCAUGACGCAGCUUUACCUUGCCAUUUACGGGAACGACUCCAAAUCUCUUAUCCUCCUCAUUGGGUGGCUGCCGGCCCUGAUAUCAUUCAUCUUCGUUUACUCGAUCCGGGUGAUUAAGGUUGUCAGACAGCCCAAUGAGGUUAAGGUCUUCUACCACUUCCUCUAUGUAUCGAUCGCACUGGCUUUGUUUCUCAUGGUCAUGACGAUCCUUCAGAAACAAUUUGUUUUCUCCCACGCCUUGUACUGUGUGAGUGCUACUAUUGUUUGUGUACUGCUUUUUGUGCCCCUUGCCAUUGCAGCUAGAGAAGAGUUCGCCCUAAGGAAGCUAAAGAAUCAACCUCCAACAGAGGUCACCGUCGAGAAACCUCCGGUCGUGGAGGAAUCAAAGCCGGCGGCAUUGCCGUCAAAUUCUUCCACCCAGUUAGAAGAAAAGCCCAAGGGUUCUUUCCUCUCAAGCAUUUUCAAGAGGCCAGAAAGAGGUGAAGAUUACACCAUCUUGCAAGCGCUCCUGAGCAUUGAUAUGUUGAUUCUGUUCAUGGCGACGCUGUGUGGGCUCGGUUGCAGUCUGACGGCAGUGGACAACCUGGGUCAGAUAGGAGAGUCACUGGGCUACCCCACCCGUGUUAUAAGCUCCUUUGUGUCACUGGUGAGCAUUUGGAAUUACAGUGGCAGAGUGUUUGCAGGUUUCCUCUCCGAAUACUUGAUUAGGCUGAGAUUUCCUCGAACACUUAUGUUGACGCUCGUCCUUCUCUUAUCUGCUGUUGGUUACCUCAUCAUCGCCCUCCCUUUCCCCGGCUCCGUCUACAUCGCGUCGGUGAUCAUCGGCUUCUGUUUCGGUGCACAACUGACGCUCCUGUUUGCCAUCAUAUCCGAGCUCUUUGGCCUGAAAUACUACUCAACAUUGUUCAACUGUGGCCAAUUGGCUAGCCCCCUUGGGUCUUACAUACUGAACGUAAAGGUGGCCGGACUCUUGUAUGACAGGGAGGCAUUGAAGCAGCUUGCAGCUAAGGGCCUCACCAGAUCAUCAGUGAAGGAACUGACUUGCAUUGGGAACCAAUGCUACAGGUCUACAUUUCUUGUACUAACAGGGGCAUCACUGGUCGGAGCUCUUAUUUCAUUUAUUUUGGUAUUGAGAACACGGGAGUUCUACAAAGGAGACAUCUAUAAGAAGUACAGGGAGGAGGCCAAAUCGGCGGAGACACAGAUGGCUGUUUCCUCUGUGAACGGAGAACAAGGCUUAAAGGAGAAAGCUGUAGACAGGUAGACAUGAGUUUGGAGGAGAAGAGGGAAGUGGGCACAUGGAGUUGCAGUUACAGAGGAGAAAAAAAAAACAAAAAACAAAAAACAAAACUAUUUUGGUUUCUUUUAGCUUUUUGACUUAUUUUUCUAUUGAGAAGAAAGUGAUGGAAAUUAUAAUUUGUAGUUGGCCCCAAUUUGCAAAGGAAAACAACUUUUUUUUUUCUCUUGUUUGGAAUUCA